AAAGGCUGCCUGCUUCCAGCUUGGCUUGAAAGUGCAACCUUAAUAAAACUCACUGAAGUCUGAGAGAAAAUAGCAGUUCUGCAGCAGAUAGUGUAGGGGAAAGAGACUGGGAUAUGCAUAUGCAGCUGACUAAAGCAGGCUACAUGCUGGACUGUAACAGAGAGGAAACAAUAAAUCUUAACUACUAUGCAAUAAAUAUUCCCAAUUUUAACUAAGGAAGCUAUCCUCAUACUGAAAUUAAAACAAUAACACUUUAUCCAAGCUUAAAUACUAAAGUGUGCUUCUCUAGUCCAUUUUCCAAAGACUUUAAGGGAAAUUAAGAGCAAAUUUAAGGAAAGAGGAAAAAAAAGUUUUUCUUAAAGUAGGAAAGGAAAGUAAUAAUAACAUGUCAGUUUUCCUUUCCUUUGCUUUCCUGGCAGCGACUCUUGCUCAUAUAGGCUGUAGUAACCAGCGCCGGGGUCCGGAAGCCAGUGGGAGAAGAUUUAACCGGAUUCAGCAUGGGCAGUGCACCUACACUUUCAUUCUGCCAGAACAGGACGGGAGCUGUCGUGAAAGCACGACAGACCAGUACAACACAAAUGCUCUUCAGAGAGAUGCUCCUCACGUGGAACAGGAUUUCUCUUCCCAGAAACUGCAACAUCUGGAACAUGUGAUGGAAAAUUACACUCAGUGGCUCCAAAAACUUGAAAACUACAUUGUGGAAAACAUGAAAUCGGAGAUGGUGCAGCUGCAGCAGAAUGCUGUGCAGAACCACACCGCCACCAUGCUCGAGAUAGGCACCAGCCUCCUCAGUCAGACAGCAGAGCAGACAAGAAAACUCACAGAUGUUGAAACACAGGUGCUAAAUCAAACAUCCAGACUUGAAAUUCAGCUACUAGAAAAUUCACUGUCAACAUACAAGCUAGAAAAACAGCUGCUACAACAGACACAUGAAAUCCUGAAAAUUCAUGAGAAAAACAGUUUACUUGAGCACAGGAUUUUAGAAAUGGAAGAAAGGCACAAAGAGGAGCUGGACACUUUGAAGGAGGAAAAAGAGAACCUACAAAGCUUGGUCACACGACAAAGCUACAUAAUCCAGGAGCUAGAGAAGCAGUUAAACAAGGCAACAAGCAAUAACAGUGUCCUGCAGAAACAGCAGCUUGAAUUGAUGGAUACAGUUCACACUUUGAUCACUCUGUGUUCCAAGGAAGGAGUUUUGCUAAAGAAUGCAAAAAAGGAGGAAGAAAAGCCUUUCAGAGACUGUGCAGAUGUAUACCAAUCUGGUUUUAACAAAAGUGGGGUCUACACUAUUUAUAUUAACAACGUUUCAGAUCCUAAAAAGGUCUUUUGCAAUAUGGAAAUUGCUGGAGGAGGAUGGACAGUUAUACAGCACCGAGAAGAUGGGAGUCUUGAUUUUCAAAAAGGCUGGAAAGAAUACAAAAUGGGUUUUGGUAGCCCAUCAGGUGAACAUUGGCUGGGAAAUGAAUUUAUCUUUGCAAUAACAAGUCAGAGGCAAUAUUCUCUAAGAAUUGAAUUAAUGGACUGGGAAGGAAACCAGGCAUAUUCACAGUAUGACAGAUUUCACAUAGGAAAUGAAAAGCAGAAUUACAGGCUUUAUUUAAAAGGUCACAGUGGAACAGCUGGAAAACAGAGUAGCCUGAUCUUACAUGGUGCUGAAUUCAGUACAAAAGAUGCUGACAAUGACAACUGCAUGUGUAAAUGUGCUCUUAUGUUGACUGGAGGGUGGUGGUUUGAUGCCUGUGGCCCCUCCAAUCUCAACGGGAUGUUUUACACAGCUGGGCAAAACCAUGGAAAGCUCAAUGGCAUCAAGUGGCAUUACUUCAAAGGCCCCAGCUACUCCUUACGGGCCACCACCAUGAUGAUUCGGCCCUUGGACUUUUAAAGCCAUUCAGGGAUGGAUCCCAGAACAAACCAGGACAACACUGCCCUCAGCACCACCACUGUCACAUUCUGAAGAUAAAAGGUGAAGGGCUUUUUGGAAGCAACGCAGAGGGAUGAGCCAAAGUUUCUUCACUCUCACUCCAUAACCUACAAAAAUUCUCCAAAUGUCAUCCCACAUUUUGAUGACUGGGGGAGGUUUGAUUUAGAAGAAGGUGGCUGCAAUAAUUUUCCAGAGAGGAACACCUGGAUCUUGUUAUUCUGCCUGGAUCUGGUGCUUGUCAGUGGAUGUCCCUUUUUUAUUAUUUUGUUUUAUUAUUUUUUUUAAUUUUCUUUUAUGUUUUAUUUUUUUUUUUAAUAAGAGAUGCAAAACCAGACUUGAUUAUUCAGCAGCAGCAUCAGAACUUCAAGAACUGAAAUUUAUCAACCAUAGUCUACUGAACUGAAUGUUAUUCAGCAGUGAAAUGCCAACAUUAUAUACAUGGAAAAGGAUUACGGAGACAUCUUCAUUAAAAAUCAUCUUAAAGCACUCCAGGUGACCACUCCAAAUAUUGCUUUUCUUAAAUGAACUGAAUUUGAAUUGAUGGUGGAUUUAUGUUAAUCCAAGGGUCAAAUAAUUGUCUGAAUAUUAUUUUUCAUUAAAUCCUUUAAGAACACAUUUCUCAUAAAUAAACUGAGUCAAAAGUAUGAAGAAUUAUAAGGGUAAUAAGCAUAAGUUCUUCAGGUGCUCUGUAGAGGUAAAUCAGAUAAUUGGUGUAAUCCCUAAGCUAGGAUUUAUAGUGUGAUAGCAAAAGUAGUUGUGUUUCGAGGCUUGUCCCUUCUUUCACUAAAGCAGUCUGAAUGUCAUGUAGAAAAAUUAAUGGAAGGUUUAAAGAAUGUGAAAUAUUAUCCUAAAGAAAAUACAGGAUUUUACAUGGAAUAUUUCCAUCAAAAGGACACAGGAAUGCAAACUGUUAGGGUAUAUAAAAACUACAUAAAUGCAUAGCUUAAGGCAAUGGAUUCAUUUUACAGUAUCCUUGCACGUGUGCAAUUUAUCUUUAAUUAUUUUACUUUUUAAUUACAUUUUUGUGAAUAUCAGAAGCAUGCCAGUUCUACACAGUACUUAGGCUACAACUAUAAAAAAUACUCAUCAGAACUGUAUAGUAAAUAAAGUAUUGUGAACUUGUAAAUAGCAUGUUUAUAUUUCCUGUAAUGGUCAUUUAAUUUGUACAGGCAGCUGACACCCUACUCAAAGGGUGCAAAGCCUCAAAAUGAUAUACAUAUUGAAAGAACUUUAGAAGGCUGCUUAUAGGUUGCUAGCAAGUAAUUUCGUUAUAUUAAAAUAUUGCAGAAAUGUGGGGCUAGAUGCACAAUUUGAUUUCCAGAAAAGAUGAAGUUCCUAUAAUAAAAAGCAGCAAAAGUAGCUGGCUGGCCCAUGAAGUUGCAGUAGGAACCCAAAUCUUGCUAUUUUAAAGCCUCUUGAGAUUUAGUCAUAUUAAUAAAGUCCAUUUGGGAAAGUAACUUUCAGUCGUUCUACUUCUAUACAUAAAAGAAAAAAGUUUACCUUGAUCCCACUGAAAUCAAAGGUAAGAUUGAUCAUUAAAUUGGGACCAACAUGAUAUGCAAAAUCUGAAUGUGGUCAGUUUUUUGCUUGUCUGUUUCUUGCUUUUUUUCAUUCAUUAAACUGUUUCUGAGAACAGGCACAACAAAGAUCUGAUUCUUUUUUUAAAUUAUGAUAAUAUAAUAAGUGCUUUUUUUCCUGGUGUUUGUUUUGUUUUGUUGGCUUUUGGUUUGGUUUUGGUUGUUGUUUUUUUUUUCGUUUAGCAGUUUAUUUUUAUGGAAUAGAAAAAACAGAAAAAAAUUGCUUGGAUUUUCAAAACACUUCUUCUUAAAGGUCACAAGGCCCCACAGUGUUCUCUGUUUUUUUUACCAUUUGAUGUUUGUUUGGUUUUAAGUAGGAAGAUCUUCGUUUUUGUGUAUUUGUAUAUAUUUAUAUAUAUAUUUGAAAUAGACUUGCCCAAGGGUUAAAUUUCCAUUUUCUGCUGAAUAAGUUACAAAACUACUCCUUACUCAGCAAUUUCUUCACAGAGCUGUUUUGUCUCAGUUUCCAGCAGGUUUUUAAAACAGUCUUCAUUUAUGUCCAAAAUAUGUGGUCUGUCUUCCUCCAUAUUCUCAAUAGAUAUAUUUGUUCACAUCUCCAAGUUAGGGAUGUUAUUUUUGCAGAUGCUAUUGCAAAAGACAAAACACAUUUAAAAUCAAAAGCAUGAUAUUUACUGUUUAUUUA